AUGUCCAUUGUUACUCAAGCACGAAAUUAUGUUGCCUCUCGUUACUCCACAAACUCUUCUCUCUACAUGGAAACCUUCAUCUAUGAGAACAGCUCUCUCAUCAUUACCGAUACCAAUAUUCCAUAUUCCCAUUUGGUGGGUAUGAAUGUCGCAAAUACUCUCGAGUUACUCUUUACAUUAUCGAAUUUGAGCGUUCUCAUGUUCAUCAUGUGUUUCAUAGGUAACGUUUUUAUUCGGACUGUAAAAUUGGCUAAUGCUCAAGAGUCCUUCUUGGGUGCAGGCUACAAGACUGCAACACUCAUCUUCAAUGUUGCUACUUUAAUAUUCUCCACAGCUUCGGAACGAACAAUUGAAAACCAAAAUACCAAAACAGCUCACCUCGCUGCAAGAACACAAGAAUACAAAAAUGUCAUCAAAUCAUUGAAGGCAAAAAUCUCUCGACGAGAUACUACAAUUAAGAAUUUCGAAGAAUUAAUUGAAGAAAAAGAUCAAAAACAUUAUUUGGUAGAACUUCUCUCGAUUGCGCUAGAGGAAGGAAAGUUACAUGAAACCCAGUUCUUUUAUCAAUUAUUAGAAAAUACUUUGCAAAAUUUGGUUUCGUCGAAAAAUGUUAACGGUUUUCGAUACAAAGAGUGUAUCAUUCAUUGGUGUUUAUUACUUCGAUUUUAUGGUGGUUCUCGUUUGUGGAAUAUUUUGAAAGGAAAUUCUCCCGGUGAAACUAUAACAUCUGAAAACGCAUUAGAUAAGCUUAAUCUAUUACUUCCAUCUAUCUCAACAAUUAAGAGCUAUCUUCCAGACUUGUCUUUUGGUAACCUUGUCGACAGUGAUUUGAAAGAUAUUGUUAAAGCCAUGGCAUUGAAUAAUAUUAGUAAUAAGAUCAUAAUUUCAUAUGAUGAAAUAGAGAUUAGAGGAGGAUUAUGUGUGAUGAAAAGUACUGGAAAAGUAAUUGGAUUCACAAAUUGCAAUGAAAAGUCUUUUGAAGAUAUAUAUAACGCAAAAAGAGAAAUUACACCAGACGAUAUUGCUAGUCAUGUGUGCCAGUUUUUUGCAACAACUAUUGACGGUGAGAUGUCUUUUCCUAUUUGUUUUGGUGGUCACAAAUCAAACCAUUAUGAAUUUAUUACAAAGAAAAUGACAGAAAUUAGAGAUCAAUUCAAACGAACUUCUUAUGGAGAUUAUGUUUUAGAAGUGGUUGGAGGUUGUAGUGAUGGAUUAGCUGGUAAUUAUCAAUAUGCAACCUCUCAUACUAAUGAAAAUUAUGUUCACCUUUUUGAUUGGUCUCAUUUGCUCAAACGGUUGAGAAAUUGUUUAUUGAAAGGGGAUGAUUUGAUUAUUGAAAAAGAGAGUUUUUCUAUGAAUACAUUAUUGAAGGUUAGAAAUGAACCCCAACUGCGAGACUGGGUAUCGGAAAAUAUAAUUUACCCAGUCGACAUUAUGAAAAUGGAACCUGUUUUUGCAUUGAUAGAUUCUAAUGUUAUUAGUGGAAUUGAACAAAGCAAGCAAAUAGGAUGUUGUGCAUUAGCAAAAUAUUUAACGUUAAUGCAACAAAUACAUCAAAUUUUUGACGAUGAACGAUGUUCAAACUGGAAUGAGAAAAAACAAUUAAUUGAAUCUGUACUGACAACACUUAAGGAAUGGAAAGAUGCAAAUUCUAACAUCAUAUGUUAUGGAAAUUGUAACGUAAGCUUAGACUAUUCUGAAUUACAUCGAAAAUACUAUGUAAAGAAACACAUUCUUCAAGAAGACGAUGAGGACACUUUGUUAGAGAAAGAUCAAACUAUUUCUGAAGAGAUGUAUGAAUAUGUGCUCGAUGUCACUCAAGAUUUUCUUCCACAGAAAAAUGUAAUGCUGAUACGAGAGUAUUUAUGUAAACAAGCACCAGUCGCGGAUGAUGGAACUAUUAUGAACAAUAUUUUUCUCAGCUGCCCUGAAUGUAAUCAAAUAAUGCAAUGCAAAGAUACACUGUACAACACAAUUAUUAUUUCACUCAAAUCUCGCCAAUUUGGCCAACAUGUUGAGGGUAUUGUUGAGGAAAUAGCAACCAAAUUGGUAACCAAUACCUUUAAGCAAGUUCGAAUUCGAACAGAACCUGAAUUACCAAAAGAAUCAGUUAUUACAUUUAAUUCAGAAAAAGGAUUAUUUGUUCCAUCUAACGAGAAGCAAUCACAAGCAGAAAAUAUUUCAACAUCAAAUAUCGCCACCAUCGACUCUAUUUCAGAAGAUUCAACUCAAAUGUCAGAAACUUCACCUCAAAACAAAUAUGUAUUUUUUGAUUUUGAAACGACUGGAUUAUGGAAGAAUAAUGAUCCACCAAAAAUUACGGAAUAUUGUUUUGUGGACGUUUUGACUGGAGCUGUUUUGUAUGGCUUAAUUAAUCCUGGAAAAGUGAUUUCUAACCAAGCACAAUCAAUUACAGGACUUAACUUGAAUAGUUUAAGAUCAAAAUUGCCUAUUGAAGGGCAUGUGAUGGAUAUUAUCCAAUUUUUAAACAAUAACUCUCAAGGAAAAACUUACUUAAUAGCUCAUAAUGGAGACCGUUUGGAUUUUAAAGUUUUUGCCAAAGAAUUUUUCGGAAAGUUUUCUGAAUUUAAUCAUGACAAUAUUGUCUUUGUUGAUUCUCUCCGAUUAAUGAAAUCAGAAUCGACUUUACACAAUUGUCUUCCUCGGAAAAUGACAAAGAAAGGGAAAUCUAAACCAGUUUUUGCUGAGGAUGUAUUAAUUGAACACUUUAAUUUAGGAAAUGACAACAAUUCACAUUGUGCAUUUUAUGAUGCUAUUGGAUUGCUUAAUAUUUUGAUCAAGUUUUAUGGUAAUCUCGAUGAUGCAUUGAAAGCUAUCGACUUGGAAGAAUAUGUGAUGCAACUUGUGGGUGCAAUUCAGAAAUUUGCAAACGGAGACAGUGCCAAGUUUGUUCCAACUACACGGAACUAA